GUCACAGUGAUGGUACAUCAUGAUAUAUAUACCAUCCAUAUAAAACGCCCAUAAAUAACAUUGAUGGAACUAUUAAUCCAGGUUUAAAUGACUGGUAAUUCACAGACGCAGUAUAUAAAAAAAGUUGAUUCGACACAUUUAAAAGUACUAUUUAUUAUGGGAAAAUAAUAGCAGGCCUGCUUAGUAGUUCACAUUUCCUUGUUCCCUGUAGUGACUGCCAUUUGUAUAACCACAGUUUUACUACAAACACCACGUUUAACCUAUUAAACGUUCAUUUGUGGUUAGAACGGUUUAGCUAGCAACCGUGUUUUUGUAGCAAAAACUUUUGGCUAAUUUUCGCUAGGGUUAAAUCACGAAGACUGUCCACCAAAACCACAAUUAAAAAUAUGACACCAGAUAUCAAAAGCAUUUCAGCACAAACCUAAUUUUCAGGUUAAACAUUUCGGGGAGAAAUGUGUUCACAAAAAUGGAUAUUUUUAAUUAAUAUAUACUACAACUUUUUUUCCAAGUGUUUAGAUGUAGCUUCUGAGUCUUGAUGCCGCUUUAUUUGAACGUUUAUUGAGCGAUAAACACUCGUUUAUUAACGCUAUCCGUGUGCUUGGGAUUUUUCAGGGGACAGCGGGCUUCUUUUACAGAACCCAGUAAUAUAAUAUUUCGAAUCCCCAAACGUGAACGAGAUAGUAUGCUUCGCAGGGACCGAGCUGAAGCCACACCCUCGCGAGCCGCCCGCAGCGCGUCUGAGGUGUCCUUGGAAACUCCAAGCGCCUGAAGCGCGCCGCAGCCGGUCAGGGGUUCAGAGCUGAUGCACAGAGCCAGUGAAAGAGUGAUGGAGGCUGAGGUUCGAGAUCACCAUGAAUGACAAAUACCACAAGGCAGCUCGGGAUGGCUACCUUGACCUGUUGAAAGAAGCGACGCGGAAGGACCUGAACGCUCCGGAUGAAGAUGGCAUGACACCGACCCUAUGGGCCGCUUACCACGGCAACCUAGAGGCGCUGCGGCUGAUUGUCGGGAGAGGGGGGAACCCAGAUAAGUGUGACAUAUGGGGGAACACGCCGCUCCACCUGGCUGCCUCCAAUGGCCAUCUCAACUGCCUGUCCUUCCUGGUGUCGUUUGGUGCCAACGUGUGGUGCCUGGACAACGACUACCACACACCGCUGGACAUGGCCGCCACCAAGAACCACAUGGAUUGCGUGCGCUAUCUGGACUCCAUCGCUGCCAAGCAGACAGCCCUCAACCCCAAGCUAGUGAGCAAACUGAAAGACCGGGCUUUCCGUGACGCCGAACGCCGCAUCAAGGAAUGCAUUAAAAUGCAGCAGAAACACCGACGGCGCAUGGAACGCAAAUUUCAAAGAGAGACAACGGAAGCAUCGGUCUCUGAUGCCAUGAGCUUCUCCAGCUACGCCAGCAGUACCUUGAGUCGCAAGCUACGCCACUUCAACACUGCCACAAAUGUGCCAUACUCCCAGGCUACUCUCCAUGCCACAGCCAGGGGAAAAACUAAGAUCCAGAAGAAGCUUGAGAAGAAAAAGCAAGGUGACGGGACAUUCAAGAUUUAUGAAGAUGGCAGGAAGAGUGUCCGCUCUUUAUCUGGCCUACAACUAGGCAAUGACGUUAUGUUUCUCAAGCAGGGAACGUACGUCAACCCUAAAGACCGGUCUCGUCGUAACAUACGUGACAUGUUCCCUAGUGACAACGAGGAUGCCAUCUCACGUGCCAUCAGCGAACCCGACUUGCACGGUCAUGAUGUGGACCAUUCAGAGAUCAGCACUGACUCAGGCCAUGACUCGCUCUUCAAUCGUCCCGGCCUGGGCACCAUGGUUUUCCGCCGCAACUACGUGAGUGGUGGACUUUUUGGGAUUGGGAGCAGAGACGAAGGCAGUCUAGCAGGCAGCGAACGGGUCGAGAACGUGCGGCUCCACAGCCGGAUGCAUCGCGUUCCCAGUCUGGACGAAGAUAGUAUCGGAAGCGCCCGUAGCCUUCAAGAGAGGAACCUGCAGGAGCUGCCAUGGGAAGAGGUGGAGUUGGGACUGGAUGACGAUGAUGAGCCUGAAAGCAGCUUUUUGGAAGUGUUCCUAGCCACGCAGAGCAUGAACGAGUUCAUUCCUAUCUUCAAAAGAGAAAAGAUCGACUUGGAUGCCCUGCUGCUGUGCUCAGAUGAUGACCUCAAGAGCAUUCACAUCCCCUUGGGGCCUCGCAAGAAGAUCAUAGACGCCUGUCAGAGCCGAUUGGAGACCAUUGAGGACCCAGGCUGCAUAGAAGACACUGAGCUGUGAAGCCCUUCAAGGGUUACUCCACCCCAAAUUGAAAAUAUGUUUAUUAAUCACUUACUUCCAUGUUGUUCCAAACCUGCAAAAGCUUUGGUACACAAUAUAAGAUAUUUUGAAUGAAAACCAGGAGGUGAGGUUGCUUUCAAAAUGGCGCUAUGGUAACUCUACGGUGACACUGAAUAAAGUUGUUUUUAGAGUUUUCUAUCCAUACAAUAAAUAUUCUCACUUCAUAACAUUAUGGUUGAAUCACUGAUUACACAUGGACUAUUUCUGAAACAAAGCUUUUACUGGCUUGAAAUGACAUGGGGGUAAUUGAUUAAUGGCAAAAUUGUUAUGUAUUUUUUUAAGUAUGUCAACUGGUUUGAGCUGCUUUAGUCUGGCUGGUUAUGAGCAGGAGCUAAUUGCUUAGGCACCAGCACAUGACCAGCUCCAACCAGCUCAAACUAGAUGCCAUGCUAUAAAACAAAACUAACCAUCAUAUGAUGUUUUUUUUCAACAGGGAUGUCUGCUUUUACCUCGUGAAUGCUGAAGAAAGCAAGAGUUUACAGAACCAUUGUUUCACUUUUUUUUGACGAUAGUUGCUUCAUCAACAUUUGGCCAAUGCACCAGUUGUUAAAGAAACAGGGGUCUUUAUAAGUCUCGGAGGGCCAGUUUAGCUCCAGAGUUAGAUUCUGGAGACCUUGAUUAGCAGACAAUAAAAUGAAAACAACCUGUGGUGUAAAAAGAAAUUCUCUUUUCAUACAUUUUUGUAGAGAGGUUUUUAGAGGACCAAUGUUGAAAUAGCUGGCUACAUUACCUCUUUAAUUGACACAAACAACGCAAUAUGCAUAAAAAUGGUAAUUCAGUUUCAAUUUAAUGGUUAACGUGUCAUGUGGCAAAUAAAGAGUAUGAAAAUGAGGUAAAAUCUCAUUACACACACUCUUAAUCUCAUAAUA